UCCUAGACCAAAACCGGUUGUCUUGGCAACCAGUAUACAGCAGCAGGCAGCUGACGGACAGCCCUCUUUAGCGUUUAACGUUUAAAGUUUGGUUUUUUCUUUAUGUUAUUUCAAAGUCAUAUUUUCCUCUCUAAAUCGAAUUACGAAGCUUUUUUAAAAAAAAUCAAACUCUUGUGAAAAUGCCCGUACCUAACAACAACGCAGCUUUUACAAGGAAGGGGUCAAACGUUCAGAAGCUACCUGGUACGAAGUCAACCAAACGUGCAAGUAAGAAAAAGGAUGAGGAAGAUGCUACGGAGACGGGUAAUGGAUGGGAGGAGUGGACUCAGGGGAAAGCACUUGUGAGACCUGCAGAUCAGCUGGAGCUCACUGAGGCUGAGCUGAAAGAAGAUAUCACAAGGAUUCUGACUGCAGACAACCCACAUGCCCCUCAAAACAUUGUCCGCUACAGCUUCAAGAAGCGUUCCUACAAACCCAUCAGUGCUGUGGAUCAGAUGGCGGUUCACUUUGUGUUGGAGGGCAGCCUUGUCCAUCAAGACUCUGAAGAGGCUCGUAAACUUAGGGUCAAGGAAGGCCUAGCUCACGAGACUGCAACAGUCGAUACCAAAGCAGAGUCUGAAGAGGAGAAAACAGAAACCUUGGUUCAGCCUCUAGCAGAUAGAGGGGAGGUGGAGGAAAUUGGCGAUGAGGACAGACCAGACAGCGCUGCCUCCAGAAUCAACAAGAAAGAGCCAAAAGUUACUAAUCAGUUCAACUUUAGUGAUAGAGCCUCCCAGACUCUCAAUAAUCCAAUGAGGGAAAGAAUCUCCCAGACUGAACCUCCUCCACAAAGCACCUUCUCUGCCAGUGCUAAUCAGUGGGAGAUCUAUGAUGCAUACCUGCAGGAGCUGCAGAAACAAGAAAAAAACAAAGAGAAGCAGAAAGCCACGACCUCAAAUAAAGAUAAUGGCAAAAGCAAGAAGGUGAUGCCGAUGGAGACUCAGAGUGAUGACAUCAUCAGAUGGACCAAGGCGUCAAAGAUCCUUGAACGGACGAUCAGUCAGAAUACAUUUGAUGACAUAGCGCAAGAUUUUAAAUACUUUGAGGAUGCCUCUGAUGAGUUCAGGGAACAGGAGGGAACCCUUCUCCCCUUGUGGACGUUUUGGUACGACAAAGCCAAAAGACUGUCUGUCACUGCCCUCUGCUGGAAUAAUACACAUCAGGACCUGUUUGCUGUGGGAUUUGGAUCAUACGACUUCAGUAAACAGGGAUGCGGCAUGCUUGUCUUCUACUCACUGAAGAACUGUACCUUCCCAGAGUGCAUCUACCCCACCAGUUCUGGUGUCAUGUGCCUCGACAUUCAUGUACAGCAUUCUCACCUGGUGGCAGUGGGCUUCUAUGAUGGCUGUGUGGCUGUCUACAACUUGAAGGAGAAGGGCCAAGAACCUGUUUACAAGAGUACAGCUAAGACUGGCGAGCACACGGAUCCCGUAUGGCAGGUGCGCUGGCAGAAUGACGAUAUGGACAACAACCACAAUUUCUAUUCGGUAUCAUCUGAUAGUCGAGUUGUGUCCUGGACACUUGUCAAGAAUGAGCUGGUUUUCACAGACAUUAUCAGACUGACACUGAAUGGUGCUGUUUCUGAGGGACCAGAAGGUGCACAGCCAUACAACAUUGCAUCUGGAACAUGCUUUGAUUUCCAUAAACAGAUUGACUAUCUGUUCCUAGUUGGAACAGAGGAGGGAAAAAUACACAAGGGCAGUGGUUCUCAGACUGUGAGGUGGGCUCCACUGGCAGGGGAAGACCAGUGCUCCAAGACUUACUCAAGCCAGUUUCUGGAGACCUACGAUGCCCACAGCAUGGCAGUGGAUGCUGUAAAGUGGAACCAAUUCCAUCCAAAGGUUUUCAUCUCCUGCAGUUCAGACUGGACUGUCAAAAUCUGGAACCAUACCAUCAACACUCCAGUGUUCAUCUUUGACCUACAUGCAGCAGUUGGGAGUGUUUCCUGGUCUCCGUACUCAUCCACUGUGUUUGCUGCUGUGACAACAGAUGGAACAGUUCACAUUUUUGACCUCAACAUCAACAAAUACGAGGCAAUCUGCCAGCAGCCAGUGGUGGCCAAAAACAAGACCAAGCUGACUCACAUCGAGUUUAAUCCCAUCUAUCCUGUCGUCAUAGUGGGUGAUGACCGAGGCUAUGUUACCAGCUUCAAACUCUCUCCCAACCUCCGCAAGAAGCCCAAGGCCAAGAAGGGUCAGGAGCUGCCUAAGGGACCAGAAGUGGAGGUAGCCAAGAUGGAGAAGCUCCUCAGCCUGCUGAGGGAACCAGAGCAAAGCUCAGUUUAAGGCGGCGACUUUGGCUUCUAAGCCAAACACAGUAACAUGGGACAGUCUUUUAUUGCCAUUCAUGAAAACCACUUUGGUUCACUCUGUUCAGUAAACGACACAUAGCAACAAACCGAUAUGUUUAUGUUUAUUAAAAGGUGUUGUUCCAGCUUAAUGUGAGAUCAUUUUUCAUUUAUUCAUAAUCAAAUAAUAAUUGCUGUUGAAAUUCCUAUUCUUGAUGCACAUUAACCAGACAACAUUAUGACUUGUCUGACCUCCUCUGCAGGGAUUUAUUAAACCCAUUCCAUAUGUAUGGUUCAUGCUAAUUAAGCUAAAUAGUAAGGGGGAGAGUUUUUGCAUUGAACAGGGAGAUAAAUUACCCUACUAGACUGAGCACUUGUGGACCACUCUCAAACAACUGGCACACAUUGUCCUGGGCACCGAUCCAAGGAUGGUAGCCUUUUAAUAUUCCAUCUAGAGAAAGAACCUUGAGUCAUAGUGGUGUCUGUCUUUAUUUUGUCUUUUCAUUCCUCUCAUUCUUAAUGAUCUGCAGUAAAGUGCCACCCAGUGCUCUGAUGCUUACCUGGAAUCACAAUGUUGCCACAGUCUCUCUCUCUCUCUCUCUCUCCACCACAGAGAGCUCCUUUUUCCUUUGGGUCUACUUGUGAUCAUAUCCAGCAAUUUCUCCUUUAUGUGUAAUUAAUUACAUUACAAUUUCUGCAAGUGUGGUUGGAGGGGGCUGCCUAAUUUUCUCAUUUUUUGCAGAUGUCUCAGUGUUAUAGUAAUGAGAAUUAGCUUGUUAUUGCAGUAAUAGGAAGCAUAUAGGAUCUUGGCUAAAAAAAAAAAAAAACUGUCCGAUUUGGUUAUUCUCAGUUUUCUGGGUCGUUACAGCUGCGUGUAACACAUGAG